CGGUGCCGGCGACGGUGGGACUCUUGGUACCAGUUCUCGAGAACCGCCGUACGUGUCCCGUCUUCCAAUGCCGCGUCUGAGAAGCAGACAGCGAGAAGAGCUCACUGUGGCAGUGAUGGCCGUCGCCCGCAGGAUGGCGGAGGAUGCAUUCCAAAGCUUGGAUGUGCUGCUGGGUUGUCGGACAAUCAGGCCGCUGCUGUUGGGGCCUGAUUUGAAUCACACCGUCUUCGGUGGACAAGAGGACGACGACGACAGCGGGUGUGGACGGCUUUGGCUCUUGCUGACUAUUCUUGAAAUCUGCAAUCUUCUGCCAAGACGUUCGCCUAGAUGGUGGGUGAUGCGGCGGACAGCUGGCCUAUGGAACGAUCUUCAGAUCGCUGAUGAUGCAGAGAACGAUCAUUACAUAGGACUGCUGCGCAUGCGGCGGUCAAUGUUCAAUAGACUGUUGCGCAAGGUCGGUCCACUUCUCCAGAAGCAGGUGACAAGGUGGAGGGUGCCAUUGCCUCCAGGAAAGAGAUUGGCGUACGCUCUCCAUAGAUGGGCCCAUGGUGACUCUCACUGGCACCGUUGCUCAGGUUAUGGGAUGGGCAAAACAUCCGGGUUGCGCGCCAUCAGAGAAGUGGCGGAGGCCAUUCAUGCGUCGUAUCCGAAUGUUGUUGGGUUCGGGGGGUUCGAAGAGCGCCAUCGUCGAAUGACCGAGUUUCAGUCCUUGGGUUUUCCAAAUGCGUGGGGUUGCAUUGACUGCACCCAUGUGUAUGUAGACCAGCCCCGAUCGAAGGACGGCGACGACUACUGCUCCGGAAGGCACAAUCGGUUCUCGAUUGUAGCACAGCUGGUCGUCAAUUUGGAGCUCAAGAUCCUAGAUUUUUGCUAUGGCUUUCCGGGGACUGUGGGCGACGGGUGGGCCUUGAAAAACACGUCACUGUACAGGAGAGCCCUUAAGGGGUCACUAUUUGUGGACGAUCCUGAAGACCCCUUCCUCGGCGAGCGGCCUUCAAUCCCUGGUGCGCCCGGUGGGUACUUGCUUGGUGAUGGCGGGUAUCCCAGCCUGCCUUGGCUUGUCAUUCCAUACGGGCGACAACCCGUGGUGACGCGGGCGAUGCAACAGUUUGACGCUCUUCAUAAGAUAGUGAGGUCUUGUGUUGAGAGAUUCUUCGGGGUGUUCAAGAUGCGGUUCCAAUUCUUCUACCGUCCGCAUAUUACCGACAUCGCAAGGGAGAUGUUGGAGUUCCGCGCGUGUUGCAUCCUUCAUAACCUGCUUCAGGAGUGGGGUGACGUGCCAGACGUCGACGAUGAAGUGAGCGAUGCGUCGUCUCCGGACGGUCCACAGCCGAACGUGGAUAGGCGUGUUGAUGGUUGUCCGCUGGAGUUCAUGUUCGGGCGGGAACGCGGGCACGCAGUGAGGGACGCAUUGUGCACGGAAGUCCUCCGUUUGUGGGAGGCCAGGCGGGAGGCUUGACAUGUGCCUUUUUGACUCCUGUUUUUCUGUGCACAAGGGUCGGUAGGCAUACUCUCUGUGUGAGUGCAGUCGUGUCGUGAGUCUACGUCGAGCACUUGAACGGUCCCGACAGUCGCUGGUGAGGUUGGGCUAUGGUGGCCGGGGGUGGUCAUAGGGACUUCGCGUACGAAAGACGUGCGCUGAUCAACGAAAUAGAGAAGACGGAGAAGGAGGUGGAACGCCUGCACCGGUUUUUGGUGGAGAGGGGAGAGAGCAUCACUGUUACACUGCGUACUGGGAGGACAGUUUGCGAAAGUGACAUCUCCCUCGA